UUUAAACAAACAAUUUUUAUUUUUGUUGCCCUGCAUAUUUGCAAUUAUUUAACAAUUACUUAAUUUCAAUUGCUGUUAAUAGUUAAAGAAAGUAAAUAUGAGUCGCAAAGAAGCCCUUUCAUCGUUCAUUCAGCAAAUCCAUGGUCGGCCUGUUGUUGUCAAGUUGAACAGCGGCGUCGAUUAUCGAGGUGUCCUAGCCUGCUUGGAUGGUUAUAUGAACAUUGCUCUGGAGCAAACAGAAGAGUAUGUGAAUGGUCAACUAAAGAAUAAAUAUGGUGAUGCUUUUAUCAGAGGUAACAAUGUUUUGUACAUUAGCACUCAAAAGAGAAGAAUAUAGCAUUAAUCUGUAGUUUAUUAAGAAUUAAAAUUAAUAAAUAAUUUAACAUGUACAAAAGCAA